AUGGACUUUCAAAAUCGCGCUGGCGGUAAGACGGGCAGCGGAGCCCCAGCAUCGCCGCAACAAGAAGGAAUUGAUCGCAGAGAGCGGCUCAGACAACUUGCCCUUGAAACGAUCGACUUGAACAAGGAUCCCUAUUUUAUGCGAAAUCAUGUCGGUACUUACGAGUGCAAACUUUGUCUCACUCUGCACAACAAUGAAGGUUCGUACUUGGCUCACACCCAGGGUGAAAAGCACCAAGUUAACCUGGCUCGACGUGCGGCGAAGGAGGCUGCGGAACAGCAGUUUUUGCCUGCUCCUCAACAAGCAAAAGUCGAUAUCAAGCGAUUUGUGAAGAUUGGACGUCCUGGUUACAAGGUGACUCGUGAGCGUGAUCCACAAACUGGACAACUUGCAUUACUCUUUCAAAUUGACUAUCCCGAAGCAUCAGACGGAGUCGUUCCU